UAUUGAGCCACUGAAACGAAACGUGUUUGUUACUACAGAGAUAUUAACGGGUUUGUGGUCUCGGGAAUAUUGAAAAUUUGUUGGUGUUGGUAUAAAGAAGAGUAAGAAAAUGUAAAAAUUGAUGAAAAUUCGUUUUCUAAUUUCAAAUAAAAAAAAAACUAUUUCAUUGAAGAAAUCAGCAGCUUUUUUUUCCGAUGAAAUCGCAGCUGCAAAUGCUGCAGUUUUAGCCCUUCUGUGACUUACAAAUGUGAAGCUCUGCUGAAAAGGAGAACGCUGUCAAAAAACAACAGUGGCAGCUCUUUUGAGGAAUCUUCCAAGCCAUGGAAAAGAAAACCAAACCUGUGGAGACAGUGACUGUUCGCCCACCCGACGGAGGCUGGGGUUGGGUUGUUGUUCUUGGGUCCUUCUUUUGCAACGUCAUUGUAGACGGAAUCAUCUUUUCGUAUGGACUGUUGUUACCAGAGCUGGCCAAAGAUCUGGGAGAGAGCAAAGGACGACUGGCAUGGGUCGGAUCCCUUCUGGCGGGAUUCUAUCUCAUAGCAGGUCCUAUAGUGAGUGGACUGGCGAACACCUAUGGCUGUCGGCCAGUUACAGUUGCAGGUACAGUCAUCGCGGCAGUUAGUUUUAUCAUUGCAUCCUUCUCCCCAAGUAUGGAAUACCUGUGUCUCACAUUUGGGGUUUUCGGAGGUAUUGGUUUCGGCUUCAUCUACCUUCCUGCUAUCGUGACUGUCGGUUUCUACUUUGAAAGUCGACGAGCAUUGGCCACAGGAUUGGCUGUCUGUGGGUCAGGAGUUGGAACAUUCCUCAUGGCACCGUUUGUCCAGUUUCUUUUAAGUCAUUACGACUGGAGAGGUACAGUGCUGAUUCUUGCUGGUGUAGUCCUCAACUGUGCCAUUUUCGGGGCUCUCUUCAGACCUCUUCCACCCCAACAAUUGCCAUCAGAUAUAGAAGCAACAGAAAAGCCUUCCUUGUCGCAGCGAACGAAGAUUCCCAAAAGUGCUUCAAAAACUGAAUGGGAUUCUGUAGAACCUCUUCGAUCUCUUCCAGUUUCCAUGAGCCUUCCAGAGAUGCCUUCAGUGGUGGAUGAUUUCUCUUCUGAGUCUCCAACUUCUUCGGAUGAUAUUAGCCCUCCACCAUCCUACAACGACGUCGUGGGAGCCGAAGAAGAAGAGAGAUUCGCCUUCCUUCGUCCGCCUCCAAUGUCCCAAAAUAUUGUGCCGUCUAAACCAAAGAAAUCAUCUAGCUACGUAUUCCGGUCGGAUAUAGUUCGGCCAUUUUAUCGUCAGGACAUACUCUAUAGCGCCAGUUUGCUUAAUUUACCAGAAUAUAAAAAGUCUUGUCAAGACCUCCAACUAUAUUCUGAAAGCGUAACGAAGAUUCCUGCUGUUAGGGAGGAAGAUGGACAUUGCCUCUCUCCUGCUAUGAAGGAGACUUUCAGACAAAUGUUGGACUUGUCUCUUCUCAGAAGUCCAACAUUUCUGUUACUUGGUGCAGGAGGUUUCCUGACUUUAGCUGGUCUUUUCGUGCCUUUUAUGUUCAUCGUAGACAUGGCAGUCCAACAAGGGAUCUCCCUGGAAGACGCCACCUAUUUCUUGCCUGUGAUUGGAUUGACCAAUACCGUUGGGCGAGUGCUUUGUGGAUGGAUAUCAGAUAGGCCAUCUUUCAAUGCUUUGACAAUUAACAAUGCAGCGCUGGUUGUUGCAGGACUGGCCACGGCGAUAAGUUCGUGCCUCAAUUCCAUCGCAUUGUUGAUGGCAUAUAGUGCGAUAUUCGGAUUUGCGGUGGGUUGUUUUGCCACGCUACGCUCGAUAGUCAUCGUUGAACUGUUGGGCCUGGACAAGCUGACGAAUGCCUUCGGUCUCUUGUUGCUCUUCCAAGGACUGGCAUCGAUGGUUGGAGCUCCAGUGGCAGGUAUGUUCUAUGAUGCAACUGGCAGUUAUGACGCUCCCUUUUACAUAGCUGGAAGUCUCAUCCUCGUGUCAGGAAUCAUGGGUAUUCCACUGCCAUACAUCUCUAGAUGGGAGAAUAACAAAAGACUCUCUUCCAAAGACCACGUGUCUGUCUCUGUAGAAUGCCCUGAUGACGAGUCAAAAGUGUUAUCAGUGACUGUUUGAUAGAGGACGUUAAAGCUAGCAAGAGAUUUCGGUAGCUCUCUUUUUUAGGGAACAAUUUAAGUAAUGCUGGACAUCGUAAGCUGGAUAUCUACAGUAAUAGUAGAUCAUAUGUCCAUCUCUAUAGAAAGCUCUAUUGACGCAUCAAAAGUGAAAUCCAUCCACCUUUUGCUACGAAGGAGUUUGAGAAAUUUAUUUUUAAAGGACACUUUAAUGUAAUCCUGGAUUUUGCGUCCAUCUUCGUACUACCUUAGACAUACCAAAAAGGAAACUCGUGACUGUUUGAUAAAGGACCACCAGUUCUACCAUGACAUCUGUACACUUUACUAUUAGGAGACACUUUGAGAUAAUGUCGCACAUUCUAAUGUACUGAAUAAAAAGGACACUUCCAUUAAAAAACAGAAAAACCACGAUGUACGCGGAACAGUUUCAUCAUCCAUUGAUUUUCAUAUCUGUUAUUUGGGAAUAAUACAUCCGUCAUUUGCAUUGUGUUAUGAUGUAAGACAUUCGGGGUUCCCAGUACUGUUCGACCACGGAUAGCGCGGCCCUUGGUGGCAAUCUGCCAGAAGACCCGUGUACAAACAAUUUCUUUUAACCUUGAAAUCUCAAUACUCCUAGUAAAAAAUAAGCAAGUGUCUGACCAUUUAAAAAUAGAUAAUAUUUAAAAAAAAGCUGCUAAAUCUGUGUAGAGUCUGUUUAUGAUUAUAAAAGCUCUCGCCAGUUAGUCUGCAGCUGUCUGUUGCCGUAGAAACGAGUCUUGAUCCAUUUUCCUUAGGGUUGUCUUGAAGACGAAUGAUAAACUGUUUUCCCUUCAGCCAACAGUCGCUCAAAACGAAAUAACAAUAAAGGACAUUUUGGUUCUUCCCUAUUUGAAAUAUACUAGCCCUGUUGCUAUAACAACAGCCACCCGCCAGACACUGUGGUGCGAGCUCUUCUUCUCGUAGACACAUAGUAGAGAGGCAGACAAAGAAAACGUCGACUUAGCGCUGUUAAGUAAUUUUUCAAAAUUUCAAAAUGUCACUUUCCCACAUCUCGGAUAGUUGAUUCUCGUAAUGAAAACAUAAAAUAAUAAUAAUAAAAAUACGUUAUACGUAUUUAAUCUUAUUUGCAUAUAUCUAUUUGUUUAAGAGUUUGAUAUUAUGUUGUUCACUUGCGGUUUUUAACAUACUUGAUUUCAAGCAAUGUACGCUUAGAAUUUUGAAACACCACGUGCAGGAUAUAUAUAUACUGUCAAUAUAAAUUAAAUUAACGAAGCUAAAAAUUUUUUUAUUGUUUCUGCCGAUUUAAUAAUGCAAAAUGUCAAAAUAGCUAGCAGCUACUUGUAUGUAAAUAGACGAAUUAUGUGAAUAUCUGAAUAUUUUGCUGAAUAACCUAUAACGUCUGGCUAUUUUGCAACUUUCCGAAAUUUCAAAAUGUUGCCUAAUUUUGUCAGAAAUUUUGCCCCUGGUGAUCAGAGAUUUUACAUUUAUAAUGCUUUCCUGUAUUGUCUUAUAAAGAUUUAGCAGCUACAGUUAAUGGCUAUCGUUUUUUUUUUUUAAUGCAUAACAUUAACUCUGUAUCUUUUCUGAAAUUCAAGGUUAAAGGAUCGUUCUUCUUAGAUUCUUCCAGUAAGUACAGAAGAGCGCAUCUGGAAGAAUUCAAGAACAUGUUUUUAAGAGAACAACUUUUUUGCAUUGUGUUCAGCAUCGCGUGACUGCUGCAUGUCAAUAAUUCACGUACAAAACAACAGUCAUUCCUCAAGUGUCAAUCAUAUUUAUUUAAGGAAUAAAUGUGUGUACAAAUGUG